AUUACAACACAACAUGUAAGAUCACAGUUCUUCGUGGUUUAACACAGGUUAUGUGGUGCAAUCCUUUUCCUCACUUGGCUGUCUUGCGUCCAGUUGCUCAUCUAAUACCUGACAGGAGAAAAAACUCCCCAAAAACCCUCUUUUGGGGGAUACAGUUGGGAGAAAUCCAUAAAGGACGGCAAUUAGCUUCCGUCCCCAGGUUUUAACGUUGCAUCAUGACAGGAUGUUAAUGUGUACAGUAUUUAUAUGAUUUACAUGACUAUAAAUAAGUAUUGACUAUAAUGCAUUCACUUCAUCGAACAUACAAAUGUAAUAUCUACUCUCUAACAUCACACAAACUACAAUUCUGCACUAAACAUUACUACAUGUAACACACUUCUCACCGCUAGGUGGUGCGCUUCUACUUUAAAUCACUAACGCUGCCGUCAGAGCGACUCACGUAGUGCUCAAAUCAUUCUGCGACCACAAAACCUGAAAUACCCACAGCGUCUCUAGAAGUCCUUCCUGAAGGCUGACUGGUUUCAUCUCACUUCUGCUUUGUCACUCCUUCUGGCUCCUCUGCGUUCCUCAUUUUGACGGUUUCCACUUUACGCCUCGGUCUCUUUGUCUCUGCACUCUGGACUCAGCAGCUGUUGGUUGCUGUCUUUUUUUUUCUUUUUCUAGGACCGGACAUUUUAUUUGUCUAAAAAAGACCUACUGGGAACGAUGCCUUCCCGUUCACUCGUGGUUUUGAUGCUUUCUGUGACGGGGUUUCUGCGGGACGGGCGUGUCUCCUGCUGCGAUGAAAGCUGUACAAAUAAACCAGUGUUCACUCCACCCAGUCUGGUGGUGAGGUUUGGUGACUCCACCUCAGCCAACUGCUCUGUGUGUGAAGACGCUUGUGUCAGAAACCAAUAUGAUGUGGAAAGCCCCGUGGGACGGAUGACAAAGAUCGGAUCCACGGUCGUAUGGACAGUCGAUGCACUGACUGAGUGGUCGCCAUCUUCCUUGUGCUACUACAGCAAUGAUGCUGGUCAACAGUGUUGUACCUACCUGCCUGUUACUGUCUACAAGCCUCCACACAAAGUGUCCGUCAGCGUUAACCACCGUGGGCCGAUGAUGGAGGGUCAUCAGUACACUCUGCAGUGUACAGUAGAGGACGUGGCUCCUGUUAAGAACCUCUUUGUGACCUUCUACAGAGGACAGACAGCACUGGGUCAACCACAGUCCAUCAUCAGCACAGACGAGGAACCAGAGAAACCAGUGACUCAGAACUUCACUCUGGACAUCAACCCGGGUAGAGAAGACGAUGGAGCUGAGUUCUGGUGUGAAGCGAAGCUGGAACUGGGACCUGAAGGACCGAAGCUCCCUCCAGUGGAGACAUCACAAAAGAUCACAGCUACUGUGCACUAUAAGCCUCACCUGGAGGCAUCAUCACCUACAGAUCCAAUCAAAGUCCAGGAAGGAGAACUUCUACGACUGAACUGCCCGGCUGUUGCGAACCCCCCCCCCCUGUACACCUGGACGCACGGGCUGAAGUCAAUCGAAGUCUCUGAAGACGUUCUCGCUAUCAACUCCACCACUGUGUCGGAUGGGGGGAAGUACACCUGUUCAGUGGUCAACAAGAUGGGGAAAGUCACCAGGGAGUUUGACGUGGAGGUUCAGGCAAGCUACAUAGUGCCCAUCAUUGUUGUAGUUGUCCUUCUGAUCGCCAUCUUGGGCCUAGUCGCAUACUUCUAUUGGUACAAACAGGGUCGGGUGGGACGGUACAACCUGAAGGACGUCUGCUUCCGCUCGCACUCGGCUGUUCCCACUGCGGAAUGAGUCACGUGACAAUGUGAAUGGACCUUUGCUUUGACCGUUUCCUGCCAUGACUCUGCUGAUGCUGUCUAUGAAGAGAACUUGUUUGUUAUAAAAGUAUUGAAACAAAGAAGCAAGUAAGCCAAGAAAUACAUAUGAAACAAUUUUAAACAAUCAAACUAAAUUGUAACUAUUCCGUACAUUAUUUGGUGCUUAUUUGGCGACUUGUGGCUGAAACGUCUUGUGUAGCUGGUGAACUGCUUUGCUUUGUUGUAUUUCAGUUGUUUUACUGCAAAGGGUUUUGUGACUCUUUUUAGAGAUGUGUUGUAAAUAGAAAAACCAGUCAACGCUUGUGACUAUGGGUUUGUGUGCUUUAUUGAUGCGCACUGAAAAAGAGGAAUUCAUACAAGUGAAAGCUUUAUGAUGAUGCUGCACACUUGAAUUUUAAUUAUGAUAAAUAAGCUUUGAUGUAGUUUUUUUUUUUUUUACAAACGCAAAUAAACAAUGACUUUGUACAACGAGAUGCCAGUCUCUUGUAGUGUUGUUUUAUUGCAUUUUAAAGUUGUUGCUAAUGGAGACACCACA